AUGUGUUUGCAGAAGAUCAUUGUUCGGCCUACCUAUCCUAUAGUUCCUGGUGUGGAGGAUUUGGGACCGCUGGACCAAUACACCGUCCGCAUGUAUAUGCCAAUCGCUUGUCUUUUUCGGGUGGAUUCGCCAGCGCUACGUCCGAAGAUCCUUCAAGACCUCCAAGCGGGACUUUCACGCACCAUCGAUGACAUUAAUUUCCUCGCCGCGAACAUCAUCCCUCAAUCUGAAGAGACCGAUACAAUCCAACUGGAAUACGGAGAUAAUCCUGGGGUGUCGUUCUACUACCAGGUAAUCGAAGCUGUUGAAUACCAAGCGUUGUUCGCCUCACACUUUCUGUUUUCCCCGGAAUUUGUGGAGCAAUUUGUUCCCGAGCCACAGCUACAUCAGCAACCCCGCUCUCCCGUUCUUACUGCAAAGGUGACCUUCAUUACAGGUGGGCUGAUCCUGACCAUCAAUCCGCAUCACAGCAUUCUAGAUGCACAUGGAGUUGCCCAGAUCAUUCAUCUUUGGGCCAGGCAUACUGCUGCAGAGUCCGAGGGCCGCACACUCGGCGAGGGUGAAAGACCGACGCCGGAGAGCAUAGAUCCAUAUUUCGCUGGCGGACACGGCCCGCGGGAACGGUCCGAGUUCAAUCCAUAUCAAGUUUCUCCGGACAUCGACUAUGUAGCCACACAGGCGGAUAUUAUGAGAAGAGUCUUGUCUGGUGACAAGACCAGGCCUGAGCUCAUUCCAAAGGCCUCUCACUGGCUGAUUUCGCCAAGCCUCCUCAAUAAGCUGCAUGCUACUGCAUCCUCACCAUCCGCAAAUAUGCCGACUGUGACCCAAAACUCUGUUAUUGCAGCCCUAAUCUGGCAGAGAAUGAUUGCGACGUGGCAGGUAUUGGGACACGAAAUGAAGUCAAGCGCGCUGCGUACAACCGUGAACCUGCGAAGACGUAUGGAUCCACCACUUCCAGCAGGCUAUCUGCGAAAUGUCAUCGUCCUAUCGGGGGCCACAGUUGACAUUCAGCAUAUGCAAACCAUCUCAUCUGACCCGGUCUACUAUCUUGCGCGGCAGAUCGGGGACUCAAUCGAGUGGUGGACCCCGGAGCGGAUCUGGGACUUCACUAGCGCGAUUGAUUCGUGGCCGGAUAAGAAUGGCCGGAUAUUUCCCCCGGUCGGUCGAGACGUUUUCGUUACCACCCCUUCGCAACUGGGAGAGUUAGUCUGGGAAUCUCGGUGGGGUAGGGAGCUUGGUGCAGUUCAGGCGCUGCGGUCUGCUGCAACGGCAUACCUGGACGGCACGACCCUUGUGCUGCCGACUGCGGAUGGAGGACGAGAUAUCAUGAUCUUCACCACGACAGAGGUAAUUGAGAUACUCAAGAAUGACACAGCAUGGACCACCUGGGUCGAAUUUCUAGGUUGA